AUGAAACGAACUUUACUUGACUUCUAUAAACCGAAACCGCUAGAUGACGAAGAGCGAGAGCCAAAACGAUUGAAGGAAACGGAAUCAGAUGCUAUUCCAAGUACAUCUGGAUCUAAUUCGCAGGAACAAGAUUUGUUAUCGUACGAUAUAGGACUCGCGGUAGAUAAAAAAAUGUUGAACGAUAAUGAAAGACUGAAAUUUCUGAAAGAAACAUGGAAACCUGAUCGUAACUAUGUAUUUCCAUGUCAGCAAGAAGGCAAGCAGGUUAGAAAAUUUUGCUACGGUUGGUUCGAACGAUUUAACUGGCUAUCUUACAGUCAAUACAAAAGUGGAGCCUUCUGCAAAAUGUGUGUACUAUUUGCACCAAUGGGUGCUGGAGUUGGAUGUCAGCCUCUUAAAACGUUGGUGAAUCAACCGCUCACAAAAUUCAAAAAAGCUUUGGAUAUGCUGCAUCAUCAUGAAAGCAGUCAAUAUCACAAAUUUUCGGUUCAGAAGUCUGCCGGAUUUUCUAUAGUUAAUUCUGGCAAAAAUGCAAAUAUUGUUCUUCAGCUUGACCAAGCAAAAUUAGAUAUCAUUGAGGCUAAUAAAAAAAGACUGAGACCAAUAGUGAAAAGUAUAAUAUUUUGUGCUCAUAACAAUAUACCUCUAAGAGGCCACAGAGAUGAUGGAGAGUUGGUGGUUCAAGAGUACCAAAAUACAGUUAUUCCUAAUAACCAAGGUGUGUUCAGAAAUUUAUUAUUAUUUCGCUUAGACUCUGGAGACGUAGAUCUACAGUCACAUUUUGAGAAUACUGGCAAAAAUUGCACAAUGAUUAGUAAAACCGUACAAAAUGAAAUCAUUGCUUCAAUUGGAGAGGUUGUAAAGACAUCCAUCGUAAAUGACAUAAAAAAAUUUAAAUUCUUUUCUAUUCUCUGUGAUGAAACCACAGACAUAAGUAAGAAAGAACAAAUGACUCUGUGUAUAAGAUAUGUAGAUACCGAAAUUUGUGUAUUAAAGGAAGAAUUUUUGGGAUUUAUUGAGAUGUCUUCAACCACUGGACAGGACAUUAAAGAUGCAAUUUCUAAAGAAUUAAGACGAAUGGGUUUAUCACUUGAAAAUCUCAGGGGGCAAGGUUAUGACGGUGGAAGUAAUAUGGCUGGCAAGUUUAUUGGCACCCAAGCUCUUAUAAAAAAUGAACAGCCGUUAGCAUUGUACACUCAUUGCUUUGCUCACUGUUUGAAUCUAUCUAUAUCAAAAAGCUGUGAAACAACAGCAAUUAGAAACAUGGUUGGAAUUGUUAGUGCAGUAUCCACUUUCUUAACAGCUUCAGCCAAGCGAGUUAACGUUUUAGAACAAGCAAUAUCAAACGCAAAUUUGACCGAAGUUAAAAAACGCAGAUUAAAAGCGCUUUGCACUACACGUUGGGUUGAGAGGCAUGAAAGUCUCAUAACUUUCAAGGAACUUUUUUUGCCAAUUUCUAAUGCCUUGGAACAACUAGAAAGUGACCGUGAUGUUGACACAUCAAAAAGACCACCAGAGAGGAAUAAUCCGGGAAUAUAUUAUCCCACCAAGGUGUACCAUCCAGAAAAUAAACCGCCAUUCAACCCCGAUGACAAGUACCGUAAGAACAAGCAGCAGAUUCCCACCAAAGAAGCGCCAGUCUUAAUCCCACCGCCAGAUACUUGCGAUACCAGCUACGAUGCCAUAUCUGUCAUCAGACGUGAAGUUUUCAUAUUCAAAGAUGCAGUAAGUAAUACUUGA